AAAAAAAAAAAAAAAAAAAAAAAAAAAAAAGCCACAUCUCUGUUGGUCACUCGCCAGGCAGCCACCAAGCGAGGGACGCGGUCACUCGGACAUGGCCGCAUGACGAUUUAUCGUCUCUUCGCUUAACGUGUCAACUGCAGACGCCAUGGCCCCGUGAGGCGCCUGCCCUCCCGCAGCGUGGUCAGCCGGACCGCACCGCACCGGAGCGGGCGGCGGGUCGCCAUGGAGGCCGACUCGUCCCUUCGCAAGGAGGACGGCGGUUCCAGCGAGGCGGAGGAUCCAGGUACGAGCCGCGGGAGCGCGGAGGAGCCCCGAGAGGAAGACGCCUCACUGUCUGCUUGGGUCACGGCAGAGGAGAGCACCCGCUUCAUCGGUCUGGGCCGGGCCCCCGUCCCCGCGCCGGCGCCCCCGCCUCAGGCGACUCCCGCGUCGUCCGCCGGCCGCCGUGAACCCUUGGCGGCGGCCGCCCGGCGCUGCCUGGCGCCGGUCCUGCGGGACUCUCGCUGCUUCCUCUUCUGCAUGUGCUACCUGACCUUCAUCCAGUCGCUGAUGGUGUCGGGCUACCUGAGCAGCGUGAUCACCACCAUCGAGAAGCGCUAUAGCCUGCGCAGCUCCGAGUCGGGACUCCUGGUCAGCUGCUUCGACAUCGGCAGCCUCCUGGUGGUGGUCUUCAUCAGCUACUUUGGGGGGCGGGGCCAGAGGCCGCGCUGGCUGGCGCUGGGCGGCGUCUUGAUCGCGCUGGGCGCCGCCCUUUUCUCCUUGCCGCACUUCAUCUCGCCCGCCUACCAGAUCCAAGAGCUGAACUCGUCGGCGGCCAACGAGGGUUUGUGCCUGAGCACCGACGCCGGCCGGCGGGAGCGCACCGACGUGGCGUCCUGUCCGCGGGACCGGGAGGGACACGAGCACAACCUCUACGUGGCGCUCUUUAUCCUGGCGCAGAUCCUGGUGGGCAUGGGAUCCACGCCCAUCUACACGCUGGGGCCCACCUACCUGGACGACAAUGUCAAGAAGGAAAACGCUUCGCUGUACCUGGCCAUCAUGUACGUGAUGGGCGCCCUGGGCCCGGCGGCGGGAUACCUGCUUGGUGGCGUCCUCAUCGGCUUCUACGUGGACCCCAAGACGGCGGUUAACAUCGACCAGAGCGAUCCCCGCUUCAUCGGAAACUGGUGGAGCGGCUUCCUGCUGUGCGCGGGGGCCAUGCUGCUGAUCAUCUUCCCCAUGUUCGCCUUCCCCAAGAAGCUGCCGCCGCGACACAAGAAGAAGAAGAGGAGGAAAAAGCUGGGCUUGGACGACGCGUCCAGUGACGACGACGUCCUCAAGGAGAAGAGCAACAACAACAAAGCCGUCACCUCCUCCAUGGGCUUCGGGAAGGACAUCAAAGACCUUCCCAAGGCGGCCAUGAGGAUUCUGAGCAACGUCACCUUCCUGUUCGUCAGCUUGUCGUACACGGCCGAGAGCGCCAUCGUCACCGCUUUUAUCACCUUCAUCCCCAAAUUCAUUGAGUCGCAGUUUGGUAUCCCCGCGUCCAGUGCUAGCAUCUACACGGGCUUGAUCAUCGUGCCCAGUGCCGGCGUGGGCAUCGUGCUGGGCGGCUACAUCAUCAAGAAGCUGAAGCUGGGUGCCCGCGAGUCGGCCAAGCUGGCCAUGAUCUGCAGUGGCGUCUCGCUGCUCUGCUUCUCCACGCUCUUCAUCGUGGGAUGCGAGAGCAUCAACCUGGGCGGCAUCAACAUACCUUACACCACCGGGCCGACGCUGACCAUGACGCAGAGGAACCUGACGGGCGGCUGCAACGUCAACUGCGGCUGCCGAAUCCACGAGUACGCUCCCGUCUGCGGCUCGGACGGCAUCACCUACUUCAACCCCUGCCUGGCCGGCUGCAGCAGCGUCGCCAACGACAGCGCGGGCGUCCGCAACUACUCGGAGUGCGCCUGCGUGCAGAGCCGGCAGGUGAUCACGCCGUCGUCGGGCGGCGCGGGCGGCAACCAGCUGCAGCUGGUCAUCGUCAAGACCUACCUGAACGAGAACGGACACGCCGUGUCGGGAAAGUGCGACCGCACCUGCGGGACCCUCAUCCCCUUUCUGGUCUUCCUCUUCAUCGUAACGCUCAUCACUGCCUGCGCGCAGCCCUCCGCCAUCAUCGUCACGCUCAGGUCGGUGGCGGAGCAGGAGCGACCGUUUGCAUUGGGAAUGCAGUUUGUUCUACUCAGGACACUCGCGUACAUCCCCACGCCCAUCUACUUCGGCGCGGUGAUCGACACCACGUGCAUGCUGUGGCAGCAGGACUGCGGCGUGCACGGAUCGUGCUGGGAAUACGACGUCACGUCGUUGCGCUUCGUCUACUUCGGCCUGGCCGCCAGCCUCAAGUUCCUGGGCUUCCUCUUUAUCUUCCUGACCUGGUACUCCAUCAAGUACAAGGAGGAGCGCGUGGAGCGCUGGCUCAAGCGCCACCUGUCGCCCGCCGACACGGUGGGCGGCCUGGUGUGCCACCCGGGGGGCCGCAAGGGCCACGCCCGCACCCGCUCUUGCCCCGUGAACAUCCCGCGCAGCGAGCACGCCGCACCGCCCCCCGCCUGCGCGCCACCCGGCGCCCUCAACCGCGGGGUCAGCACCCAGAGUUGCCCCGGGAACGAGUUGAAAGCAAUAACGCCGCCGCCGCCCGUCCCGGCCGCGCCGGCGCGCUCGCUGGAACAGGUGGCGCUGCGCGUCUGAGACUUUUCGGGGACACUUUUCUUCGGCCCGCCUUCGCGACCGCCGCACAAAUACGCCGGCGUGGACCCGCUACCGUCAGAAGCGCCCGCUUCGCUUGACCGGAUUCAAUUUGUUUCCAUGCUCAGUCAAUGUGAGAGGUACCAAAAGGAGUCGGACCAUGUUUUGGUACCAAAAAUAAGGUGCUAUGAAAUGGUCACCAUGCCUAAAAAUGAAAAAACUGCACUUAGAAAUCGAAUUUGGCACGCAAAUCUGACGUGUAUUUUUUUUUUUUUUUUUACCAUUUCACCAAAACAAUGCAUUAGUGACAGCCCACUUUUUUCCCUAUCAGUUCUGGUUGUGACAUCACAACCGGGAUUAACCAUCAUGUCUAGCUUUCUAGUGCUGCGUUAGCUAGUUAGCUCGCUAGGACAUGUUGGCAGGAUGACUUAAGUCACAUGGUAACAAGAGAAUGAAAGCGGUGUCCAUGUUGCAUUAUGGGAUAUUUACACUGAAAGACAUGCAGACAUCAGCCUGCAAAAACCCAUAAAUAAGCCACAGACUAUAAACCACAUCGUUCAAAGUAACGAUUUACAGUCCAACAAUUAUUUUUUUUUUUUUUCACUCAUUGAGACAGACUAAGAUACUUUGGUUGACUUUGGAAUUUUGUUAAACUUUAGACAAAAAAUGUCACUUUUUGCCACUGUUUUACAGUGUUCCGGUAACCGAAUGGCAGUUUUGGUCCACUUCACAACUUUUGACAAUGAAAACAAGUACCGAAACAACACAUUCUUGUCUUUUGGCUUCCAUAGAAAACAAAUGUGGAUGUUCUUUUUUUUAAAUCACUUUUGAUUUUGUUUGUAACUCAUUGGCUACCAUCGACGGCAAUAGACGUUCUGCUGUCAACCCUCCCGCUUCAAAUGAAUUGGACAUCUACUACUGACAUUUAAUGAGUUGUUAUUCAGUUUUUAGGAGCCACACGAUUGGAUGUCUAUCAUCGUCAAUGGCACUGAACGAGUUAAGAAAUUUGCUGGAGAUGUAUGGAGGUAGAUUUGUGUCUUUGUUAUUCAAUCAAAACAAAAGUUGCUUCAAUCCAAAAAAAAGUCGCUUCAGUCAAAAUAUAUCAUUUCAAUUAAAAAAAAAAAAAAAGUCACUUCAAUCAAUCAAAAAAAAAAAAGUGAAUGCAAAAAUUGAAACUAAAAAAAAAAAAUUGAAUUGCAAUUGAAAACUUUAUUUUUUUUUGAUUGAAACAAUUUUUUUGAUUAAUGUUGUUUUGCAUUUGGGCCAAAAAUUAUUCAAUCAAAAAAUAAGUUGCAUCAAACAAAAAUUUUCAAAAGAAAAAUCACAUCAAAAUUUCAAUCAUAGAAAAGUUUUUGAAUGCAAAAAAAUAUUUGAGACCCAACAAUUUGCAUUUGAACACUUAAUUCUUCAUUGAAAAUGCAAUCCUUUUUGUUUGGGCCAUACAACCACUAGCAAAAAGUAUGGAAUCACCAGUUUCGGACAAGCACUCACUCAAUUUUAUCAUGUAGAACACACUCUGAUGAAAGAAGCUUGAAAAAAUGAAUUAGUUCAAAAGUGCAACUCUUUAGCAUUCAGAAACACUAAAAGCAACGAAUAAAAAACAUUGUGGUGGUCAGUAAAUGUUAAUUUUAUAGAGCAAGUGCAGGGAAAUAUACAGUGCCUUGCAAAAGUAUUCGGCCCCCUUGAACCUUGCAACCUUUCGCCACAUUUCAGGCUUCAAACAAAGAUAUAAAAUUUUAAUUUUUUGUCAAAAAUCAACAAGUGGGACACAAUCGUGAAGUGGAACAAAAUUUAUUGGAUAAUUUAAACUUUUUUAACAAAAAACUGAAAAGUGGGGCGUGCAAUAUUAUUCGGCCCCCUUGCGUUACUACUUUGUAGCGCCACCUUUUGCUCCAAUUACAGCUGCAAGUUGCUUGGGGUAUGUUUCUAUCAGUUUUGCACAUCGAGAGACUGACAUUCUUGCCCAUUCUUCCUUGCAAAACAGCUCGAGCUCAGUGAGGUUGGAUGGAGAGUGUUUGUGAACAGCAGUCUUCAGCUCUUUCCACGGAUUCUCGAUUGGAUUCAGGUCUGGACUUUGACUUGGCCAUUCCAACACCUGGAUACGUUUAUUUUUGAACCAUUCCAUUGUAGAUUUGGCUUUAUGUUUUGGAUCAUUGUCCUGUUGGAAGAUAAAUCUCUGUCCCAGUCUCAGGUCUUGUGCAGAUACCAACAGGUUUUCUUCCAGAAUGUUCCUGUAUUUGGCUGCCGUCAAUUUUAACCAUCUUCCCUGUCCCUGCUGAAGAAAAGCAGGCCCAAACCAUGAUGCUGCCACCACCAUGUUUGACAGUGGGGAUGGUGUGUUCAGGGUGAAGAGCUGUGUUGCUUUUACGCCAAACAUAUUGUUUUGCAUCGUGGCCAAAAAGUUCAAUUUUGGUUUCAUCUGACCAGAGCACCUUCUUCCACAUGUUUGGUGUGUCUCCCAGGUGGCUUGUGGCAAACUUUAAACGAGACUUUUUAUGGAUAUCUUUGAGAAAUGGCUUUCUUCUUGCCACUCUUCCAUAAAGGCCAGAUUUGUGCAGUGUACGACUGAUUGUUGUCCUAUGAACAGACUCUCCCACCUCAGCUGUAGAUCUCUGCAGUUCAUCCAGAGUGAUCGUGGGCCUCUUGGCUGCAUCUCUGAUCUGUUUUCUCCUUGUUUGAGAAGAAAGUUUGGAAGGACGGCCAGGUUUUGGUAGAUUUGCAGUGAUCUGAUGCUCCUUCCAUUUCAAUAUGAUGGCUUGCACAGUGCUCCUUGAGAUGUUUAAAGCUUGGGAAAUCUUUUUGUAUCCAAAUCCGGCUUUAAACUUCUCCACAACAGUAGCUCGGACCUGCCUGGUGUGUUCCUUGGUUUUCAUAAUGCUCUCUGCACUUUAAACAGAACCCUGAGACUAUCACAGAGCAGGUGCAUUUAUACGGAGACUUGAUUACACACAGGUGGCUUCUAUUUAUCAUCAUCGGUCAUUUAGGACAACAUUGGAUCAUUCAGAGAUCCUCACUGAACUUCUGGAGUGAGUUUGCUGCACUGAAAGUAAAGGGGCCGAAUAAUAUUGCACGCCCCAAUUUUCAGUUUUUUAUUUGUGAAAAAAGUUUA